AUGCCAGCCGAACCCAGUCCGGCUCUUAGGCUCGGGCUUGGGCUUGGGCUUGGACCUGGCCUUGACGUCGCAGUUCGACAUCAAGUCGGAGUCCCAGUUCCAGUCUCAGUCCCACCUUCUGGCCCCCACGCCGGCGCCGGCGACUUGUCCGAUCACCAAGCGGCGCAAGACCCAGUCGCAGUCCCACCAAAACUCCAGGUCCGAGUCCAGGAUCAUCGGAUUCGGCAGGGCCAGGUCCACCAAGAAUCAGAUCAUGACGCCACCGCCGAGCGCGAUACAACCUCGUCGGCGUCGCAAGCGCAACAAACAAAGGACUCGCACAACGCAGAGUCAGACACGGACACGGACGCGAUUCUGAAACUGAAACUCACAAAGAAAAUCACUCAGCACCCCACUCUCACGCGCCUCCGCAAAACACUCUAUUUGUGUCUGCUGCAGAUCCCGCCUGGACAAUGGACGACCUAUGCGGCGCUGGCGAAACACGUGAAUUCUAGCGCGAGGGCGGUUGGGACUGCGAUGCGGCUUAAUCCGCUUGCGCCGGGUGUGCCGUGUCAUCGGGUGCUGGGGAGUGAUGGGGGGCUGGGCGGGUAUAUGGGGACGCCGCCUGCAAAGGCAUCGGCGCAAUCUAAGGGUUCUGCGAUUGGGAGUGAGAGAGGGAAAGAGGGUAAUUUGGACAGGAAGAGGAGGAUGCUAGAGGAGGAGGGGGUGAGGUUUGACUCGAGGGGACGAGCGAUGGGGAGGGUUUUUGUUGCGUUUACUUCUACUUUUUGA